AAAUUCUGGGUAAAUACGAAAUAUCCUAACAAUGUACAUUCAUUUCAAUCUCUCAUAAAGGAUACAAAUUAUCUUUUGUCAUUAGAUCUUGACAGUGAUAUCGAAUAUGAAUCAACCAUCUAUUUAAAAUAACCUUAAACAUGAAGAAGGAAAUGCAAACAAUUUCGAAGAAAGGAAUACAGAGAGAGUCAGCAAUUAUCUAUAUUUUAGAUAAUUUUUCAGAGCUCUCGUGUUAUUUAGUAUGAUGAAUUACUUUAUCUUUCAAGUUGAGAGUGAAAAAGUGAAUCGUUUUGCCCCAAAAAAGUAUUUUCCCCAUUUUGUCCAUUUUCCCCACUUGCGGGGCUUUGGGGUGGGUGGCUAAAACCCAUUUUACCCACCCAUUUUCCCCACCCUAUUUUCCCCACGGUAAAACCCUGAUAGGCACACACACAAGUGAGAGAGAGUUGAAAUUGAAGAAGCACGUAAAAGCAGAGAGAGAAAACCAAAGUGCAAUUGUGUCGCAGGCUUCAGUUUAGUUUUGCUGGGAAUCGGCUCGGUUGGUUGGAAAUCCGUCUCAGCGUCAGUAUUUCCUAAAAUACUUUGAUGGUAGAAGAAGAAUUGUUUUUAGCUCGUUCACUCACUGUUCUGGUGUUUGGGUCUUAAACACUGGAAUGUGUAUCCAACUACUUAGAAGAAAAAACAUACAGAAAAACAGAGCUCUUCAAGUCGGGCUCCUUUUACAAAAGAUUUGUUGUUGAUUCUUUAACUUUUUCCUUUACGUGACUAAGCAUAGUAAGUAAGUCAACCAAAAACGGGGAGGAUUCGUGAUUUUGUGUGGGUGCAAUGAAUACAUAUACCAUUACAACUUCUUGCGACUUGAGAUCUAAAUGGGGUUUCCAGUUAAUGGGAAACACAGGCAAUGUCAUCACGUCUCUUAUUACACAACAGACUUGUGCUACUACUACUCGUUAAGUUUUGAUUUAAAGUACUUGCUCACAUCAACCAAACAUGGAUUUUGGGUCAAUUCGAAGAAAAAAUAAAGUGUCGCAGCCAAGCAGUAGGAGAAAAACUUUGUCAUCAUCUAAUUUAUCCUGCAUGUCCUUCAACUCUGCAUCAGUUGCGACGAAAAUCUUAAGUGUCACUGUGCCAAAAGAUUUUGGCUGCGAUGUCAACCUGGAAGGAAAAAUUAUCCAUAUGAGACACGGUGGACCGGCCCACGCUCUGGGAAUUGUACAACUCGGAGAUUACAUUCGGAUUGUGGAGGAUGACGAUGACCAGAACCAAAUGGAGGGGGACAGCAACUUGGUAAAACUUCAAGUAACUUUUGGAGUUUUACUGGUCGACGUACGACCCAAUUAUCCGUUGGUUAUAGAAAUUGGAAAUCGAAGCCACACAUCCCUCGGAUUGGCACUCGCAGACUCCUCCGAGAACAAAAUUCGGAUCAGCUCCAUCCAACCGGGGUCGCUUGCUGACCGAUGUGGAUUCCUCCAAACUGGUGACAUCGUGACAUCCAUCUACAUCACGAACGACCAAACUGCGGAGGAAACUAGUAUUCCUUGUUGCUCUCCGUUCUAUAAUUCUUACCAAAUUGCUCAAAUCUUAAGACAACUGACGUGUAAACAGUCCUCCAUUAAGUUGACCAUAGUGCCUUGUCAUCCGAAUCAGAUCCUGCAACAAGUCCAGUGUCACAUUUUACCCCCACCCGCUAGUAACAAUUCCACGGAGGACAUUGACAUCCACUCUGGGGGGUCGGAUUCUACUUUGACCCUUGGUGAAAGUGAUAGUUCAAACUCCAUCACGAAUAAUCACCAACAAAAUGGUGGUGGUAAUAAUAUUAUGACGAGCACAUUUUGUGGGAAAACUUUUAGAAACAUGCACAGUCCCAGCAGUUUGCUUUUAUUGCCCAGGAGGCAGAUUGAGAAAGUUGAUGAACAAGAAGAAGAACAAGGAGGUUACUGUGAUGGUGGUGAAAGUGGUUGCUGUGUGCUUUCUCUUAGCCUCUGGAAAGAUCCGUUGUACGAGGAUUGGGGAUUUAGCUUAGUGGAUGAGACUGAUGUUGAGUGUGACGCUGGCGACACAGAUUCAGAAGUUGAUAAUACAUCCGCUCAUCAUCAAGUUAUUAACAGCAGGACGAAAUUGCUAGGAAAAAAUAUACAGGAGCAGAAUAAUCAGGAAGGUGCAAUAGUGGGUGAUAUCCGACCCGGUGGACCAGCUUAUAUAGCCGGGUUGCGGGCCGGUGAUAGAAUUAUGGAGAUAAAUAGACAAGACGUAUCCAAACUAGAGAGCACGAUGCUGGUUCCUUUACUAGCUUCGUUGGAAGACGCUUUAAACCUCGUAAUUUUAAGAGAUCCGAAUAUUAUUAAUGGAGACGAAUAGAGCACCAGGAAUUAUAUAAAGUUUUUUUUUUAAAUAUUAUUUAUUUAGAGUAAUAAAACCCGAAAUUUUUUUAUUGUGCAUAAUUUAA